UAUGUGCAGAGUAUGCAAAGACAUUUUACUUAGGAACCAAGCUAAUGACCCCAGAGAGAAGAAGAGCUAUCUGGGCAAUAUAUGUGUGGUGCAGGAGAACGGAUGAGCUUGUUGAUGGCCCUAAUGCAUCCCACAUAACUCCGCAAGCUUUAGAUAGGUGGGAGACCAGGCUGGAAGAUAUUUUCAGUGGGCGGCCAUUUGAUAUGCUUGAUGCUGCUUUAUCCGAUACUGUCUCCAGAUUUCCUGUUGAUAUUCAGCCAUUCAGAGAUAUGAUUGAAGGAAUGCGUAUGGACUUGUGGAAAUCCAGAUACAAAACUUUCGAUGAGCUAUAUCUCUAUUGUUACUAUGUUGCUGGUACUGUAGGAUUGAUGAGUGUUCCAGUUAUGGGUAUUGCACCUGAAUCAAAGGCAACAACAGAGAGUGUAUAUAAUGCUGCUUUGGCUUUAGGGCUUGCAAAUCAACUAACCAAUAUACUCAGAGAUGUAGGAGAAGAUGCCAGAAGAGGAAGAGUAUACUUGCCUCAAGAUGAAUUAGCACAGGCAGGGCUCUCCGACGAAGACAUAUUUGCUGGAAGAGUGACUGAUAAGUGGAGGAACUUUAUGAAGAAACAAAUUCAGAGGGCGAGGAAAUUCUUUGAUGAGUCAGAGAAAGGUGUCACAGAACUGGACUCUGCUAGUAGAUGGCCUGUGUUAACAGCGCUGCUGUUGUAUCGCAAGAUAUUGGACGAGAUUGAAGCCAACGACUACAACAACUUCACAAGGAGGGCUUAUGUUAGCAAGCCAAAGAAGCUUCUCACCUUGCCCAUUGCUUAUGCAAAAUCUCUUGUGCCCCCUAAUAGAACUUCCUCUCCACUAGCAAAGACAUGAAUGAAGUAGUUGAGUCAAUGAGUAUUAUACACUAAAGAAACUCAGGUACUUGUAAAUGAGAUAUCUUUUGCUAAAUGUGUAUCAUCAAAAGUAGAUUGUAAAUUCAAUAUGACAAUUUCUUGGUAGAAUGUUUCUCCACA